AUGUAUGCAAAGAAGGGUGAUGAACAGGGGCCACGCAGCAGAGGAAGGUCUUUUGACUCUGUUCAUGAGGAGAAGCAGCUCAACAACGAAAUGAAUAAGGUUACACUCAGUAAAAUCGAUGCAAAACAGGACAAAAGGGGUGUCUGCAAUGGGAGGCCCAGCAGCUCUCUGAAAAAUGGUGCAACUAUCAUAUUCUCACUAAAAAAUGAAAUUGGUGGUCUCGUCACAGCACUUAAGCUUUUCCAGGAAAAGCAUGUCAACCUUGUUCAUAUUGAGUCUCGCAAAUCCAAGCGAAGGAAUUCAGACUUUGAGAUCUUUGUGGAUUGUGACUCUGACCAUGAGCAGCUCAAGGAGCUUUCUCAGCUUCUAAAGAAGCAUACUGAUGUCAUUGAGAUUAUGAAAGUUGAGGACUCCGCUCUACCUGAAGAAGAUAUGACUGAUGUGCCCUGGUUCCCUAAGAAGAUUUCUGAUUUGGAUCAGUGUGUGAAUCGGGUUUUGAUGUAUGGCUCUGACUUGGAUGCAGAUCAUCCGGGAUUUAAGGACAACAUAUAUCGGAAAAGAAGAAAAUAUUUUUCUGAUUUGGCUAUGAGCUACAAACAUGGCGAUCCGAUUCCUCGUAUAGACUUCACAGCAGAAGAGGUUCGUACCUGGGGCGUGGUGUUCAGGGAACUCAACAAGCUGUACCCCAGCCAUGCCUGUAAGGAAUAUCUGAAGAACCUCCCUCUGCUGUCCAAAUACUGUAACUACAGCGAGGACAAUAUCCCCCAGCUGGAAGACAUCUCACGCUUCCUCAAGGAGCGCUCAGGCUUCAUCAUCAGGCCAGUGGCAGGUUACCUCUCCCCAAGAGACUUUCUAGCAGGCCUGGCGUUCAGAGUCUUCCACUGCACUCAGUAUGUCCGCCACGGCUCCGAACCUCUAUACACACCUGAACCAGACACAUGCCACGAACUGCUGGGUCAUGUUCCCCUGCUCGCUGAGCCCAGCUUCGCUCAGUUCUCUCAAGAGAUCGGGUUAGCAUCACUGGGGGCAUCAGAUGAUGCUGUAAAGAAACUGGCCACAUGUUAUUUCUUCACGGUGGAGUUUGGUCUAUGUAAGCAAGAUGGCAGGCUGAGGGCCUAUGGAGCAGGACUCCUUUCCUCCAUCAGUGAACUCAGGCAUGCUUUGUCUGGCAAGGCUCAUAUUCUUCCAUUUGACCCCAUGGUGACCUGUAAUCAGGAAUGCAUGAUAACUACAUUCCAAGAAGCUUACUUUGUUUCAGAGAGUUUUGAGGAAGCCAAGAACCAGAUGAGGGAGUUUGCCAAGACCAUCCGUCGCCCAUUCACAAUAUGCUACAACCCCUACACCCAGAGUGUGGACGUCCUGAAGGACACCAGCAGCAUCAACAGCAUGGUGAAGGACAUCCGGCAUGAGCUGGACAUUGUAGAGGACGCUCUUAACCGACUCAACAAACACACAAGUGUCUGA